AUGGAAGGAUUAGUUGAAGCAAUCUACAUUGAUUAUGAUGGUUUAUUUGUUUGUCAAGAAAGGGCACCAAUCUGGGCGCAGAAGAGUAUGGCCGCCAUAUGCUGGAUCACAAGGAUGAGCAUACAAAUUGUGCCCUUGUAA